AUGCGUGUAGCGCUUUCGCAUUCAGUAGCUGAGCCUCCAUCUGCAGGCCACCAUGUCUACAAGACUUAUUCUGGGUCCGGAAAAGCUACUUCCGACACGUUUCUCCAUCAAGGCAAUGCCUUCGACGUGGAAUCGAACUCUGUUGAUAACAUAAAAGAGAGUCUUGCAAAAGCUACACAUGAUUUGUCAGCUAUAGCUGCUCAGGUUUCAGACCUCUACGGCCAGAACAAGAGCUUCCUUCAGGUACUAUCUGCUAACAACCUCCAGCUGGAAGCCAUAUCGAGCUCCAUACGCGCUACAGAAUCAUUACUUUCCCGGCUCUGCACUACUAUCUAUGAACUGGUCCCAACCCAGCAUACGUCCCAUGGAUUGAGCAUAGUCCGCUCUACUAGUCUCCCAGUGAGUUCUAGAUACAAGACACUAGGCUCCUUCAAGCCUGAGAGCCCUUCCUCGCCCAAAUAUAAUCCUGUAGCGGGCGAUUCAGUACAAGGUAUGACAUCCAAAUCUAACGACACCGCUCCGCAUACGGCAAACACCUCUCCUUUAGACGCUUCACGUUUGCUACAUCCCCUAGCAACUGCCCUCUCUAAUCAGAGACCAGGAAGUCCAGAACAGAACGAAACGGCUGCUGUAUUGGCGGCUUCUGCAGCCGCGCAAGUGAUGGCCGAGCAACGCGGCUCAGAAGACUUUGAUGCCGUAUUUUAUAACAAAGUGCUCACAAAGCUGUUGAGUCCGCAGCCAAAUAUUCUCGGAGGCAACUGGACUACGAGUGUCUCACGACAAGCUGCAAGCAUAGCUGAUCUUACCACAGAGAGAUGUACUCGUCAGUCCUCUAAAAAAGCACAUAGUUUAUCCGCGUCUCCGAGAUCAUCGGUUGCUACAGGAUACGGCAACAUAGCCUCAUCAAAUCCUGAUCUGGGCUUCGCUAUGUACCCAAUUAAUUCGUACAGUCACCCGAGUGCUUCCCCAGUAAUAUUAAGAGAACCGACUCCGACCUUGCAAGCAGCUGAGACAGAGUCCCCUAUCGGCCCCGGUGCAACCUUAGUCUUCAAAGGCGGUAGUGACACUUUUCCCCAAAGAGAUAGGUCAGUGAAAGCAUGCCUGGAUGAAAAGGAAGAGUAUGUCAAAAUACCUACACGAUCAGAUACUACUUUUCAAACAGCUCGCAAUCGCAUUUCUCCUACUACCAUCUAUACUUCAGACUUUCCUUCAGAACAUGAUAGAGUUGACUCUGAAACGGCGGAUAACCCUAAACCUUGCGACUCUAGUUCCGAGACAGGAGAUAGCCGUGCUGCUGACUCGGCUAGCACAGACCUCGACCUAAAUCCACAAACUCCUGCUGCUGUUUCACAACCACGCUCACCCCACGUCUUCUCGGACGAACUACAGACACUCGUUGCAGUGGUUGAGCCACAUGCGGUAGUCUUACACUCUGAUUAUAAUCCGAUAUCCACUUCUACCGAAAAAUCUAAAACACAAGAAGCAGACCGAAUACCGAUUACAACAAAACACAGUGCGACAAGAAGAGGAACGGGUUCUAGGCAUACACCUAGACCGCGCUCGGCACCUAAGCCUAAGCCUAGGGCAAAGUCUCAGCCUAGUUCGCGCUCGGGUUCUAGAAGAAAUAGCAUUAACAGACAGAGCUCAGUAGUUGCAGCAUCACCAUCUGCACGGUCCUCUAGACCCUCUCCUUCUAGAAUUCAGGUAAAAGCACAAGUGAAACCCGUUACUAUCUCUGCAUACCCAGACUCCAGAUACAGUACCAUGUCACCGGCGUCAACCUUUAACGUCAGCUCUGAUAUGCAUCUGGGCAGUGCAGGGCCCAGUUCUAUGGCAUCCAUGUCUCUAUCAACAAUUGGUACUCGCCCUGGAACCCGGCCCUUUUCUCGGUCCUCUUCUCUCCCUCUUAAUAGUACAGCAAGUCGGACGAAAAGUGAUAGGACAAAACUGAAUAUGAUACUCGAAAAGUACAGUGGAGCUUCUGGCGUGCCUUCUGCUGCAGAAGAGCAGAGCAUCAAUCCGAGCCAGGACCCACUUGAAUACAAGAAAGCCUUCACGAGCGUCAUUCCGUUUAUGCACUUCUUCCUCGAUCAUUCUAACUGUGAUCCCUUUUCACCUCUACCAACUGAUGAUUUACUCACAAAGUACGCUUCAGUGCUAUGCGAGAAGAUGCAAUAUGUAUCAGUAGAUACUGUGGGUAAGCAUCUUAUUCUAACGGCAGAGUGGAUGGUGGAGCAGUUCACAUCCGAGCACUUCUUUGACUACAUUACUACCCAGUCGUUUAUAGCUGAGCACUUCACCCACUUUCCCAAAACCCUUUUGGAGGUCUCACUAGAGAUAUCCGCUGAUAAUAAGCGUCGUAAAGAAGAGUAUGAAAAACGUAUAAGUGAGUACGAAAUUGAGCGUAAGAAGGGGUCUCCACGCUCAAAGCACCCAGAGAAACCUGAGGAACCAAAAAGAUAUACAACAGAGCAAUUCCAUACCGCAUUCAAGCGAUGCCUAAGGAACUUGUGGGGUCCUGAACUGGAGCGUGAGCUGAUAUACUACUUCCAUGAAAAGUACAUGGACAUGACUGCCACAGAGGGUAUUAUUCUUCAGGAGGUGACAGACCUUGUUGAGAAUCCUAAGAAAUCCCUCUUCCCAGGCCACAACCUUUACAAUUAUGCGGAGCUAUUCAAUAAAUACAAGAGGCACUCACCGUCCCUCACCCCAGAUGAAGGAGACACCCAAUGUGUGGCGUAUAAUCUAUAUUUUUACUACUGUCUACUAUCUAUUUAUCUAUUAUUGAAUGAUUGCCUUCCAAUCCGGUUCAAUAUAUACUUCAUGAAUUACAAAACCUUCCAGGGGGUGUUUCGGUAUAUCAGUCCAGCAGAUCUGGAAAGGCCGAUGAACAUGAGUAGUAAUUUUAGACUAUAUUGGCCGGCAUGGAAGGACGUCCGUCGCGGAACACUUCGUCUUCACUGCAAGUUUGUUGAAGUUAAGCGGGACGAGAGAUCUUCUAGGCCCUUUUAG